CACACACACAUGGCUUAAUCAUUUACACUUCACACAAACACACAGCGAGCUGCUCUCUGACAAAAAGCCCUUCUUCUGGGUGCAGGAUAUUUUAUCAUUAUUUUCUCUACUUCCUCUUCUUCUUAUUAUUAUUAUUAUUAUCUGAUGUUUUAUUUUAACACACAGGGCAUCACCUCAGCAUUGCUGUCACCAUGGUAACUGUGCCAGUCCUGUUCCUCCUGCUCUCAGCUUUUACACCUCCAGUCCAGAGUCAACUCACUUCACUCCAUAUCAUUCCGGGUGACAUGAAUCAGACUGAGGCUCGGAAAGCUUGCAGAGAAAAUUACACCGACCUCGUCACUGUGUACUCUGAUGAAGACAACACUAAAGUGGCUGAACUGAUGAUAAAGGCUGGUAUGGUUUCUGGCUGGAUUGGACUCAAUCGCAGUAAUAUAAGUGAGAAAUGGUCUAAUGAUGAUCCUGUAACAUACAGAAAUCUGUCAGGGCAUUGUGGGACAUCGAGCUACUGUGCUAGUAUGAAGGCUGAAGGUUCAUGGGAAAGUGUUCAGUGCACAUUAGCAAGAAAUUUCAUGUGCUAUGAACAAGAUGCUUCCUCACAGACUCGUAAUCAUCAUCUUAUCCUUGAGAGUAAGACCUGGUAUGAAGCUCAGCAUUACUGUAGACAGAGAUACACUGACCUGGUCAGCAUCAGAGAUCAGCAGCACAAUGAAGAGGUGAGGAUUAAAGGGUUAAACAGCACCACACCCUUCUGGAUCGGCCUGCUGUGUGAUGACUGGCAGUGGAUUGAUGGAAGAAUCUCUGCCUACAGAAACUGGGAUAUCAAUCAAACUUUACCACAAGGCAACUGUGUAGUAGUGAAAGGAGAGAGAUGGUACUCAGCCCCGUGCAGUAAUAAUACCUCUGCUUUGUGCUACUACAAUUACAUCCAUGUGAGUGAAGAGGCUCUGAGCUGGGAGAAAGCGCUGGAUUACUGUGAUAAAGGGAAAAGAACUGGAUUGUUGCAGAUUGAGUCUGAACAUGACCAGACUGAUGUGGAGAAUGAGCUCAGAAGGAGGCGUGUCUCUGAGCCUGUGUGGGUGGGGCUUAGACAGAGCCAGCUCUUCGGGUUCUGGAUUUGGCCUGAUGGGAAAGCUGUGUUUCCGUACUCCAACUGGGAUGAAGGGAAACAGCCUGAGCAUCAACUCUCUCAGCACUGCGGUGCCGUCGUUCCACAGAGCUACAGAUGGAAAGACAUGAACUGUGAGGCUCAGUACAAAGCUCUGUGUCACAUCAGAUGUUCUCCAUGAACCCACUAUACGUUCAUUUUAUAUAUUUAUCAGUAACUUUUUUUUUAAAUAUGUGAAUGCAUUCUUUAUAUAUAUAAUUUUCUAUCCUAUCGCAUAUGUAAUUAUACAUAAUUUAAUUUAAAGCUUAGAGACUACAUGGUUAUUUGUGGGAAAAUUUUAAUAUACUACAUAUUUAAACUACACUGAUAGAAAUAUAAAUUCUUGAAAAAAAAAAUCACCUGCAUUUACAUUUCUAACCAUUUU